AUGUGGGCCGGACUGCUGCUCCGGGCCGCCUGCGCCGCGCUCCUGCUGCCGGGGGCCUCGGGCCGGGGCUACACUCGGAGGAAGGCGCCUGGGCACUUCACCGCCGAGAGACGCCGGCUGGGUCCCCACGUCUGCCUCUCGGGGUUCGGGAGUGGCUGCUGUCCUGGCUGGGCGCCUUCCAUGGGCAGUGGGCAUUGCACCUUGCCCCUCUGCUCCUUUGGCUGUGGGAGUGGCAUCUGCAUCGCACCCAACGUCUGCUCCUGCCAGGAUGGAGAGCAAGGGGCCACCUGCCCAGAAGCCCAUGGACCCUGCGGGGAGUACGGCUGUGACCUUACCUGUAACCAUGGCGGCUGUCAGGAGGUGGCCCGAGUGUGCCCUGUGGGCUUCUCGAUGACAGAAACAGCUGUUGGCAUCAGGUGUACAGACAUCGAUGAGUGCUUAAGCUCCUCUUGCGAGGGCCACUGCGUGAACACAGAAGGCGGGUUUGUGUGUGAGUGCGGGCCAGGCAUGCAGCUGUCUGCCGACCGCCACAGCUGCCAAGACACUGACGAAUGCCUAGGGACCCCCUGUCAGCAGAGGUGUAAAAACAGCAUUGGCAGCUACAGGUGUUCCUGUAGAACUGGCUUCCAUCUCCACGGCAACCGGCACUCCUGUGUAGACGUAAACGAGUGUCGGCGGCCGCUGGAGAGGCGAGUCUGUCACCAUUCCUGCCACAACACCGUGGGCAGCUUCCUGUGUACGUGCAAACCGGGCUUCAGGCUCCGAGCUGACCGCGUGUCCUGUGAAGCUUUCCCGAAAGCCGUGCUGGCGCCAUCCGCCAUCCUGCAGCCCCUGCAGCACCCCCCUAAGAUGCUACUGCUGCUGCCCGAGGCUGGCCGACCUGCCCUCUCCCCAGGACACAGCCCUCCUCCUGGGGCACCGGGGCCCCCAACAGGAGUCAGGACCACCUGCCUGCCGCCUCCCACCCCGGCACUACCCACAUCCUCCCCUCCUGUCCCGAUGUGGCCACUCUCUACCACCAUGGCCACGCCUAUGCCCAGUGCCUCCCUCCUCCAGGGGGAAGGUGUGGUGACCCCUUCCCCACCCCAGGGCUCCGAGGCUGACACGCAGCUGGCUGUGGAGCCGUCUCCCUGCUGGCACCAGGGAGGCAUGCAUGAGCCAGGGAGCCGCUGGACACAGCCUGGGUGUACCCAGUGCUCAUGUGAGGACGGGGAGGUUACCUGUGGAAAGGUGACAUGUGACACUGUCUGUUCCCACCCGAUUCCUGCCAGAGAUGGGGGGUGCUGCCCAGCAUGCACAGGCUGUUUUCACAGUGGCGUCAUCCGAGCGGAAGGCGACGUGUUUUCCCCUCCCAACGAGAACUGCACCGUCUGUGUCUGUCUGUGGUAUGCGGACGGCGCUGUGUUCAGUGGGGGUGGUGAUGAGUGCACCACCUGUGUCUGCCAGAAUGGGGAGGUGGAAUGCUCCUUCACGCCAUGUCCAGAGCUGGCCUGCCCCCGUGAAGAGUGGUGGCUGGGCCCUGGACAGUGCUGCUUCACCUGCCGGGAGUCCACGCCCAUGACAGGCUGCUCUCUGGACGACAACGGGGUUGAGUUUCCGAUUGGACAGAUCUGGUCGCCGGGUGAUCCCUGUGAGUUAUGCAUCUGCCAGGUGAAUGACAACCUGCGCGCCUUCAGCUGCUUUACCUGGCUGCCCCGCCUGCCUCACCCAGAGGAGAGCCCUCUGCCCCUGACAGAUGCCCCAGGCUGCACCUACACAGGCAGAAUCUUCUACAACAAUGAGACCUUCCCGUCUGUGCUGGACCCCUGCCUGAGCUGCAUCUGCCUGCUGGGCUCAGUGGCCUGCUCGCCCGUGGACUGCCCCAUCACCUGCACCUACCCUUUCCACCCUGACGGGGAGUGCUGCCCGGUGUGCCAAGACUGCAACUACGAGGGAAGGAAAGUGGCGAACGGCCAGGUGUUCACCUUGGAUGACGAGCCCUGCACCCAGUGCAUCUGCCAGCUGGGAGAGGUAAGCUGUGAGAAGGUCCCCUGUCAUCGAGACUGCGCAGACCCCCUUAUGCCUCCUGGGGACUGCUGUUCCUCCUGUCCAGAGUCCCCGUUCCCUCUGGAGAAAAGACCGAGGCUUCCCUCUCAUGGAGACACGGGGUUCAGCAAAGCUGUCCGGAGCCCCCGUGAGGACAUGGAGGCCCCCCUGAGUACUGUUAACUGCAGCACCUGCCCGGGGCCCCCAACAGCGUCAUCUCAGAGGCCAGCGCUCCCUCUCUUCCAGCUCCUCUUAAGGACGAACUUAUCGAGCAUGCGGACUUCACCCAGAAGCCGCUCAGGAGCCCAGGCCUCUUCCUCACCCCCUUCAGGGCGAGGGGGAACGUUCCCUGGAGAGCCCGGGGACUUCCAUCCCCCUCGGUCCUCCUCAGGGCCUUCCAUCCCUCCAGGAACCUCCACUCUACCUCUAGCCUCUCCAGGGGUUCCUUGGCCACCUCCGAUUAUUCCUGAGCUCUCCUCAGCCUCCAAGGCCCGGACAACAUCCAGGCAGCCCUCCCCGCCUGCCGCCACCCUGGCUGAAGCAUCAUCACUUUCCACGACUGCCCCCAGCCCCUCAGACGCCCCCGUGACUUUCUCCAGGCCUCACAGACUCUCUCCCACCUCCAGACUCUCUGCGGCCCUCACAGCCACUGCCAGCCCCGCCCCCCCGAAACCCAUGACCUCAAGGGAGAAGGAGUCCACUGUAUAA